AUGCUGCGGAAAGGAGACGACAUCAUGUACAUACAACAGGAAUCUACCUGCGGCAAAUCCCGCAGAAACAUCCUCAUCAUCAUCAUUUUACUGCUGUGUUCAGGCACAUACGUCCAGUAUGUCACAACCAGAAGGACAGAUCUAUUUUCAUUCGAACCUGUCAUUCCAUCACUGAGGAAGAUCAACGAUAUAUCCAGCAUCGCACCGCCAACGCCGCUGGAAAAUGAGAUGCCACUAGCAUGUCAGCGUGCUGAUUUCCGAUGGCUAGCCUCUGACAGGUCUUAUUGGGAUGGUUGGGUAUCAAAAUCAUUCUUUAUGAGAAAGGAUGGUCGUUUCACCAGAAAAAAUGUCCAAAUUGGCCAGGACGAAUCAGUUUGUGUAGCAGUGCUGUUGGGGCCUAUUCCUGCCGUCUCAUCCAUCAAGCACAUGCCACAUUACGCCCCGUCAGACACGAUUAUCAUGACAGCAAAGAGCGAGUCCACAGGCGCAGCGAUACCCAUUCGACUUUUACAGCAUGAUAAACAGAGCAACGUGUAUUACGCCUCUGUAAAGUUCACUCAUCAUGGCACUUGGACGUUGGAUACUUCGGUCGAAUAUCGCUCUUACUUUUGGGAACAGCCAGGGAUCCAUCAUUACCGACCUAAUCGAUUUACAUCGCGCAACAGUUUGACUGUAUAUAAAAAGCCCAACGAAAAAAGCGAAACAAAAGCACUUGUUGAGCAGCCCAGUGAUGUCUGUGAUUUCACGGAAGCAUUUGCGCUUAAAGACAGUGUUUGGAUUCGAAAAGAGGGUGCCAGAGAACUAGACGAUGUCAGAUUUGAAGGUCCACAUUCGGUAUUCAGCCCGAGUUGUCGCCUUGAUUUCGACCAAUCUUGCUUUCAAUCAAGGCUAACGCUCCACAUCUGGGGUGACCACCAUUUAAAAAGAAAUCUGCAGCAUUUAGUAGGAGAUCGACCAACAGACAUGUGUAACCAAGAGCAGCAGCCAUCUUACGACAUUGACGCUCCGAUUUUACAUAACAUGACUGAAAUCCACUUUGGUGAAAUCGAUACUGACAUUGUAGAGCAUCAUCAACGCUGGAAGCUGGAUAUGCAGGGCAUUUCUCGUAGAUUGCCAGAAGCAGAUGCUGUCAUACUGGGUGUUGGCAAUUUAGAUAUGAUGAAUAUGAGACAGCAUCCCAACGAUUUCGCCAAGGCAUUCAUGUCCUUCCUCGACUACACUAUCCACGAUGUAUACCCAAACCAACGCAUCAUUGUCAAAACAACACAAUACUUUGCAGGCCAUACAAGAGCAUUGAAUUACGGCAGAAGUGAAGCCUAUGCCCAUAUUAUGCGAUCAGCUAUAGCAAGCUUAUCAGAGCAAGAUAAGCAAAGGGUCAUGUUAUGGGACACACAUCAGCUUGGCUACAAAGAAAACGCAUGUGGAGAUAGCUUAUUGUCACAUAGUCAUGUUGUUGAUAUCGAGAACGCCAUCCUUUCUAACUUGUUUAUAUAA